UGGAGAACUGGACCAGCAGGCAGUCACCGCCAUGACCUUCCUGAUACACCUGCUGGUCUGCACCUUUGGGAUGGGCUCCUGGGUGGCCAUCAAUGGACUCUGGGUAGAGCUGCCCCUGCUGGUGACAGAGCUGCCUGAGGGUUGGUACCUGCCCUCCUACCUCACCGUGAUCAUCCAGCUAGCCAACGUCGGCCCCCUGCUGGUCACCCUGCUCCACCACUUCCGGCCUGGCUGCCUCUCCGAGGUGCCCAUCAUCUUCACAGUGCUGGGUGUGGGCACCAUUGCCUGCACCCUCUUUGCCUUCCUCUGGAACAUGACCUCCUGGGUGCUGGGUGGCCACCACAGCAUUGCCUUCAUGGUCCUCACCUUCUUCCUGGCCCUGGUGGACUGCACCUCCUCCGUCACCUUCCUGCCCUUCAUGAGCCGGCUGCCUACACACUAUCUCACCACCUUUUUUGUGGGUGAAGGACUCAGCGGCCUCCUGCCUGCCCUUGUGGCUCUCGCGCAGGGCUCAGGUCUCACCACCUGCAUCAACGUCACUGAGACCUCAGACACCACCUCAAGCCCUAUGUCCACCAGGAAGGUCCACAUCACACAGAGAGCUAAUGGCACACUGGUGUCCAGUCUGCUUGGGACGGCCACCUUCAGGGCCCACCUGGAAAGCCGCUACCUGCCCGCUCACUUCUCGCCCCUCGUCUUCUUCCUCCUGCUCUCCUUCAUGAUGGCCUGCUGCCUCGUCGCUUUCUUCCUCCUCCAGCGCCAGCCCAGGUGCUGGGAGGCCUCUGUGGAAGACCUCCUCAACUCCCAGAUCACCCUCCACUCCAUCCGGCCACGGGAAGAGAAGGACUUGGGCCUCUCAGUGGAUAGCAGCCAGGGCCAGGGGCACCUGGAGGAGAAGGCGGCCCCCCGCCACCCGGCUCGCCUGGUCUUCAUCUACACGCUGGUGGCCUUUGUGAACGCGCUCACCAAUGGCGUGCUGCCCUCCGUGCAGACCUACUCCUGCCUGUCCUACGGGCCCGUUGCCUACCACCUGUCCGCCACCCUCAGCUCCAUGGCCAACCCUCUCGCCUGCUUCCUUUCCAUGUUCCUGCCUAACAGGUCUCUGCCGUUCCUGGGGAUCCUCGCAGUGCUUGGGACCGGCUUUGGGGCCUACAACAUGGCCAUGGCUGUGAUGAGCCCCUGCCCCCUCAUGCAGGGCCACUGGGGUGGGGAAGUCCUCAUUGUGGCCUCCUGGGUGCUGUUCAUUGGCUGCCUGAGCUACGUCAAGGUGAUGCUGGGCGUCAUCCUGCGCGAUCGGAGCCGCAGCGCCCUCCUGUGGUGCGGCGCGGCGGUGCAGCUGGGCUCGCUGCUCGGAGCGCUGCUCAUGUUCCCGCUGGUCAACGUGUGGAGGCUCUUCUCGUCUGCCGACUUCUGCAACCUGCAUUGCUCCGCCUAGGCCGGCUGGCAGGGACCAACGCCAGGCGCCAGCCAUGCCCCCUGCACCAACAACCGGAAACGGCGGCCCAGGGAGGCAAGGGGCGUGCUCAUGGUCACAGAGCAGAAGGUGCAAAGGGUGGCUGAGCACCGAGGGCUGCAACUUUGAAAGCAAACGUGCGUUUGGGACGGUGGGGAUUGUAGUGGGCCUCCCGUGGGACCUGGCAAGGCAAGGUGCAGCCCUGCCCCCACUCUGUCCCAUUGCCUCUGAUUCCACCCAUCGGAUCCUUCCUGGGACCCUUGAGAGAGAACUUACCUACAGUACCCAGCUGCAGGCAGGCCUGUGGGUGUUUGAAGAGAAACAGCUGGGAGGGUGAGCUGUCCCUGGCAGGCUGUGUGACCCUGGGGAGUCAUUUCAUUUCUCUGUGCCUCUGUUUUCUCAUCUAUGAAAGGGGGAUUGUAAAAAAAAUAUCACCUACCUCAUAGGCUCGGCCCAGAGGAAAAAAGGGAGAGGCUUUCAGAAUGCAGCCAGCCCUCCUGGGCCAUCUUCUAACCCGACACGCACAGUGACGACAGGAGUGGCAACUGACAACACUGCAGUGGUCAGGGGGCUGAGAGACGGCCUUUGACCUCUCUCUGUUGUCCUUGUCCUUACAGAGGGGGCUUCUACAAAAGAGAUGGCCAGUGGUAGAAUCUUGGGCAUCUUAGUGUCUUGAUUUCUGUAUAGGGGAGGGACAUUGUAAACCCGACACACCCCUUCCUAUCACUCUGCCAGGCCCGGGGAGCCAUGCUCUUUGGAGAGGAAGUGCCUUCCUGGGAGGCAGAGAGAUGAUGAGUCGAUGAGUCCGGAGCCAUACCCCUUGAGGGGCCCAGCUGGCAUGUCAAGACAGGUAGGAGGGGAGGAGGUGAAGUAGCAGAAAGGACUUCCCAGGCGGCAGAAACGGCACUUGCUAAGCCUCUGAACAGUGGCCUCCCCCACCAGGCAAGAGAGACCGGACACUGAGGACCCUGGGAACUGCUUCCCUUAACUAGAAUGGGCAGAGGUGAUUGUUACUUUCUUUUAUUCCUUGUUUUUCUUUUUUUUUUAAAUAAAGACAUUCCU